AUGGUGCUGUUGGAGAGCGAGCAGCUCCUGAUGGAGCUGAUCAGGCUGUUCCAGAAGUGCCACCCACUGGGCAGCGUGUUCAUCACCUUGAGGAAGUAUGAUGGUCAAAUAAAACCCAUUCCAAGGAAGGGUUCUGCAGAGGGUCUUGAGCCUGCAGAAAACAAGUGUCUGUUGAGAGCUACUGAGGGGAAGAAGAUCAGCACUGUGGUGAGCUCCAAAGAAGUGAAUAAAUUUCAGAUGGCUUACUCAAACCUGCUCAGAGCUAACAUGGAUGGGCUGAAGAAGAGAAACAAGAAGAACAAGAAUAAGAAGGCCAAAACAGCCCAGUGAAGGGCACUGGAUUCCUCCAUUACCAGCUAACUACAGAAUUGCUAUUUCUCCUUUUUUCCCCCCACAAAGUUAAGUUUCUCAUUCCUCUACUGGCAGCUGUUAUCC